AAGCUAAUAGCAAUAGUGUGCGUAGUGCACGAGUGGCAGGAAGAGAAAGGCCGGUUGUACAUUGAAAAUAAUGUAUUUACACUUACUUUUCUUAAUACUUAUAAAAUUCCAUUUAACCAAAUCGUCAGAAAUUCUACGACCGCGCGGUGUUUCAAUUUCAAAAGCAUCACUGUAUUCCCCGGACAAGGACUUCACAUGUUUCGACGGAAGCCAGACCAUACCAUUUUCCCAUGUGAAUGAUGAUUACUGUGACUGCCAAGAUGGAAGUGAUGAGCCUGGCACGCCAGCCUGUCCAAAUGGCACAUUCCACUGCACAAAUGCUGGCCACCGACCACUCAACAUUCCAUCCUCGCGGGUUAAUGAUGGAAUUUGCGAUUGCUGUGAUGCAUCUGAUGAAUACGUGAGUCAGGCCACGUGUGUAAACAACUGUAAUGAGCUGGGCAGAGCUGCAAGAGUGGAAGCCCAGAAACUCGCCAAACUCCUCAAGCUCGGUAGUGAGAUGAGGGUUCAACUGAGUAAGAGAGGAAAGGAGUUGAAACAGGAGAAGAAGGAAAGACUGGAACAGCUGCAGAAGGAUAGGGCUGAGGCUGAUGGUGUGAAGAAGGAGAAGGAGGCACUAAAGAUAGCAGCAGAAGAACUGGAGAAUGUGGCUCUGGAGAAAUACCGUAAGAUUGAGGAAGAAAUAAAGCAGAAGCAACAAGAAGAAGAGAAGACAGCAAAUGAACAAGAGGCCUUUGAGCACUUCCAUAGACUAGAUGCAAACCAGGAUGGAAAAAUUGAAAUGUCUGAGCUCCAGACUCAACAAACCUUUGACCAGAACAAAGAUGGAGCCGUGUCUGAAGAUGAGGCAAAGUUCUUCUUUGAUUCACAUGAUGAACUGAACUGGGAGGACUUUCUGGCAUCUGGCUGGCCACGAAUGAAGCCGUUCCUUAUGCUGGACAAGGGGCUCUUCAAACCUCCAACUAGUGAGCCACCCCAGGACUCUACUGCAGAUUCUUGGCCAGAGACUGAUGCCACAACGCAGGAAUCUGCAGCAGAAUUCUCUGCUACAGGAGACAGAGCAGAGGAUGAUCAAGAUGGUGACCUAAAUGAGGAGGAAGAAGAGGAGGAGGAGGAGGAGGAUGAGGAGGGGGGAGAGGAGGAAGUUGGACCAGAGGAAGAGGAACGCGAAAAAACUGAGAAGCCUAAAUAUGAUGAGCAGACCCAGCUGUUAACUGAUGAGGCUUCCAAAGCACGCUCUGACUUUGAAGAAGCAGACCGUGCUCUAAGAGAUGUACAGCGAGAAAUACAUCAGAUUGAGGAGUCACUAGAGAAAGAUUAUGGAGUUGAUGAAGAAUUUGCUCCUCUGGAUGGAGAGUGCUUUGAAUACACAGAUUUUGAAUACACAUACAAAUUAUGUCCAUUUGAUCAGGUGACACAAAGACCAAAAUCAGGUGGAGCUGAUACUCGACUAGGAUCUUGGAAUAACUGGGUUGGUCCUGAGGAAAAUAAGUACCUGGAGAUGUUGUACGACAAGGGGCAGUCAUGUUGGAAUGGACCACAGCGAUCCACCAGGGUAAAGAUGAGAUGUGGCAUAGAAAAUGUACUGACAUCUGUGAGUGAACCAAAUAGGUGUGAAUAUGUGUUUGAAUUUGUGACUCCAUCGAUCUGCCAGUCUGUGGAAGGCACAGAAACUCAGGGGCAUGAUGAGCUGUAGGACAUAAUGAAAGCUGUGAAAAAUUGAGAGGAAAAUCAAAUCCGAUGCAAGGAGAAAGAGCAUAAAAAUAAAACACAGUGAAUGGAAGGCAGCCUAAGGCGCAACUGUGAUUGGGGGGUAGGGGGGAUAUCACCAAGUUAUGAUUUAUGUAAAUGAAUAUGUUCCCUUUUAAGGGACUGUACAUUCCAGUUGCUGAAAGAAUAAAGUAAAGUAAAAGUA